AUGAUUAUUAACUCAUGUUUUGCACAAUCGGAUUCCAGUUUGAUUGACCAAUUUUCUAACUGGGAAGUGGAUAUUGUGAACGACCUGAAGGAUUCUACUUUGGUAGUUCAUUGCAAGUCGAAAGACGACGAUUUAGGCGAGCAUGUGAUCAAGGCUGGAGACAAAUAUUUUUGGAAGUUCCAUGAAAACGUGUUGCAAACAACACUAUAUUGGUGCAAUUUUAGCAGCAAACGUGGGCAGGCUUCUGGUCAAGUGUUUUGGCCAGAGAAAAGCCACUGGCUUAGUGAUCGAUGUAAUCGUAAUACCUGCAUUUGGGUUGCAAAAGACGAUGGCAUUUCUAUACGUCUUGGUGCUUUCGGUUUAUAUGAAUUAGUGUACCCUUGGAAAUGA